AUGGAUGUUCCCAACGAGCUGCCUAUAAUUUAUGCAAGAAAAGUUCUGAUUCCCGGUUAUAUUUUGAAAAUUCGAUUACAAGUUGAAAACAACUCUAAUUUGUUGAAUUAUGUUCAAACAAACUGUGAUUCAAAAUCAAUGCAUAUUGGUAUAAUACCAGAAUCAGAUUUUGAUAAGGCUGAAAAUAUAAUUGGAACAGUCGGUCGGGUUCUAAGUAUAAUUAAAGUUGAUUCUGUUCCUGAAGAUUUUGUUUUGGUCAUGGAAGGAAUAUGUCGUUUUAAAUUGGAUGAAAAAAUUUCCGAAGAGCCAUUACAAAUUAAUAAAAUCAUUACAAUUGAAAAUUUUAAAAUCCUCCAAGGUGACGAAAAGACAAUACAUGAACUCAACGCUGAGUUUAUUAAAGUGGUGAAAGACUUUUUAACAUAUACUACACCAAGCGUAUUUGCAAGAGAUACCUUGAAGGCAUGAGCAAAUAUAAUUUAAACUAUCUAUUGAUUUAUUGCGUUACCUAAUGAUUUUAUUAAUUUACAGAUGUUAUUUGAUAAGACUCCCUUGUAUCAAUCAGUAGAUAUUUUACUGAAAACUUUUGUACGUUUAACUCCAGCUGAUGCCUAUGAAAUUCUUAGAGCUACAAGCUUAAACAAUCUAUUGAGAUUUGUUAUAAAUUGGUUAAAGCGAGAAACAAUUAAUGAGGACAAAUGUUCAAAAUCUGAAAAAACCGGUUUAGCUCCAGUCCCUUCGACACUUCUUAAUGGUAAUGGUGUGAAAAGAAGUAUUUUUCUCAAGAAACCAAUUUCACAAGAAUUAAAUCAAAUACAAUUAGC